UUGUGAGGUUCACAGCAAUGGAAGUAUUUGUUUUAGUCUGAUUAAUUCCAUGUAAUGUGUGUCAUGUUCUGUUUACGAUACGUUUCACUUGCAAAUGACUGAAACAACGGCGACUCCUGUUGGUCAUGGAAUAACGAGCAGCCUUGCGACAGGGGGGUGACUCGUUGUCUGCAGCCAUCAUCAUCUAUCUACUUUCUUGAAAGAUUGAUCAUCCGGCGUUACGUUGCAGGGAUGGCGAGCCUAAAGCUGAUCUCUGCAACAGACACACAAUAUUCAGCCACGGUGCUGAAGUCAAUGAAUGAACAGCGAAAUCAUGGAUUAUUCUGCGAUGUCACUAUAAUAAUACAAGACCGAAAAUUUCGAGCUCACAAAACCAUCUUGUCGGCCUCAAGCACUUAUUUUCACCAACUUUUUUCAGUGGCAGGGCAGGUGAUCGAAUUGAAUUUCAUUCGGGCAGACAUUUUUGAGGAAAUUCUAAACUUCAUCUACAGUUCAAAAAUUGUUAGAGUCCGCUCUGACAUUCUGGAGGAACUCAUCAGUGCUGGGCAGACAUUGGGUGUGAAGUUCAUUGCAAACUUGGGUGUUCCACUGUCACAAGUCAAGGGCUUACCUGGCUUGUCCAAAGACACUGAAAACUCGACUGAUAGACAUGAUGAUGGGUUGAUGAUGCCCAUUAUAACGGAGUCCUUUUCACUUUCAGCUGAGGAGUUCAAUCAGACGGACAAAAGUACAGACAAGGAACAGGACUCGGACAGUGACGAGGUAUUGUUUGUCUCGAAGACAGACGCCCAGACCAGAGCAAUUGAGAAAUCAAAACAUUCUGAGAUAAUCGAUUUGGAUGCACCUGAUUCCGAGGAAGAGUCUGUGACAAAGAAAAAAUGUGAGGCUAUUCCUGCAAUAACAAAGGAACAGCAGAAAACAGUCAAAGCUGGCCCAACAGAUGGAGACAAGUUGUCCCUCCUCCAUAGCCCUCCUUCAUCCCUUAAAUCCCACAGCCCCAUGAUGUCCCCAGACACCAGCUCUAGUAUACCCCCUCUCCCUGGUGGAUCCUCCUCUGAUGGGCCCACUUCUGGGGGAACCUCCCCUGCCACACCCCAACCCAUCCGGAUCAGUUUCACCCCAGAACUUCACAACACCUCACUGCCCUCUGAAAAUCAUGAGGUAUUAGGCGUCCACAAGAAGCAGGUUGUCACACCCAGACAAGGAGAUUUCAAAAUAAGGCUCUCAGAUGUAAAGUCACCUGGCCACACUAUAAAUGAAGUAGGCGUUAACAUUUCCAAAUCCGUCAUGGCUGCGAAAAAGACAAUAACACUCGAUAAGGCGUCAGAGAUCGACUCUCUAUCUACAGGAUGUAAAGUGUACGCCAACAUCGGUGAAAAUACGUAUGACAUUGUGCCCAUGAAAGAGGACCCAGGGGAAGGAGGUUCUAAAGGCAGUAAAGGGAAAAGGGCCGUCAUGUCCACCGCUUUGAAAACCUUUGACACCUCUCCUCUCUCGCCACAAGGGGGCCCAACCAAGAAAAGAACGAAAACGGAGCAGGAAGAUCACUAUGAGCUCAUCAUGGACGGGAAGACCUUUUUCGUGUGUGUUGUUUGCAAGCGGCCAUACGUGUGUCUGACAAGCCUGAGGCGCCACUUCAACACUCACUCCUGGGAGAAGAAGUAUCCCUGUCACUACUGCGACAAAGUGUUCGCCCUGGCUGAGUACAGGACAAAACACGAGAUCCAUCACACAGGGGAGAGAAGGUACCAGUGCCUGCUGUGCAAUGACAUGUUCAUGAACUACCAGCUGUUGUCUACCCACUGCAAACAAGCCCACAAUCAGGAUCCCUCGGGGAGGAAGGAAAAGGAUGAUACCAACAACAACUUGUACCGCCUGCUUCCUUGUAAGACUCUCCAGUUGAAGCCCUACUCCUAUGUGUCUGAGGAUCCAGACGGGAUUCCCGUCAUCAACGAGGAUGGCGUUGUGCAUCACAUUAACCCCAAUAGAGGACAGCUGGCAGACCAAGGGCUUCAGUCCUCCACACAGGGCAAGAUGUUGAACUGGGACGACAUCUUUGUGGAGCCUGGUGCCCAUUCUCGACCAGGUGCUCACCCCCGACCAGCAAGCCACACUAACCCUCCACAACCCCCUCCUCCGCCUCCCUCUGGCUCAUCCGAGUUUGAAUUUGUUAUACCAGAGACAUACUGAGCAGGGUGGCAGUUUACUCACUGCUUUGUGUUCCGUGCCUUUUCAGGGGGUUCCCCUUUGAAUGGUGUUUUGGGGUCCAUGUUAUCCAUGCUGUUUAUAAAUGUAGUUUUAGGAGGAUCUGUUGUGCUUUAGUGGCCUACAACCGUCUUUUUUUAGAAAAUACACAUUGGUUUUUAUCAUGCUCUUAUAACUAUAUUAUGUAAUGUCUGUCAUUGUAUUUUAGAGCAACAUGAUAACAUUUUUACUUUUGUACAUUAGUACUAAAGUCAUUCAUGCAGUCAAAUAGAGUAACCUUAAUGUAGGUAUAAUUUCUAUAUUUAUGGACUAUACAUUGGGUUUAACUUUUGUUUCAAAUCAGGGGAUAACAUUGAAUGAUCUUAAAACAAGUGUACUGGUUAAUUCUAAAGACAUAAUAUUAUGGUUUAAGUUGUUGUUGACAAUGACUUGACUUGUUCUUCCCAAUGUAGCAGAAUGGUGUUGCUAAGUAUACGUUCUAUACUUUAUCAUGGCAAUCACAUGGAAUGAUCUAGAUAUCACUAGGAUGCUUUUUCUGUCUUCUGGGACAGAUUUUAGUCUCAAUACAUCUCUCUGCGUGUAUGCACAAUGGAGUGAUCAAAGGGAAAGUUCACUUAAGUACUUUGAAUUCUUAGUUCCCCCUUACUAUGUCUGUAUGAGAUAACCUUUGUUUUAUUAAUUGAUUUCUGAGACUUGGAAUGUCUGACUUAAUAUUGUCUCACUUCCCUGUUUGUAUAGAAUUAAUUUUAUUUCGAAAAUCGAAAGACAAUGUGUAAUGAGUGUGACAGAAAGUGCACAAGGUUAUUCCACCAGAGAAAGGUUUCCUCAAUUAUUUAAGUGAUAAGUUACCAUUGGAUAUUGAAGUCUGUUAAAGACUUGACAUGCAUAUUUAAUUUGGACCUUUUUCCCUUUCAUAUGCUGGCCAUAUUUUUGUGUUUUAAGGUCAUUUGGUCUAAAGAAAGCCAAAAUCUGCCUUUUCGCUGAAUACAGAUUGCCUAAAUAGGUUAUCAUAGGACUUCCAUUACUCUGUGUAUAGAGUUAUAGCACUUACACAGGAGGUUGAUACAGACAGUUCUUUUAUAGUAUUUUUUUCCUCAAGUACCUAUGUUGUCAAUGUGUAGUCUAGUCAAAUUGAGUUGGAUUUUGUACAGCUACAGUGUCAUACAUUAAAAGCACCUUCGGCUUUAAUGUUUAAAAACUAACCGUGGUGGAUCCUGUACAUAUAAUUGUUCUUAAAACCUUUUUUUGUAUUUUAACAUUUUUCUUGUUUAAAUUUAUUUAUUAGAUCAUAGUGAUAGAGUAAUAAAUAAUAAACACAGUACAAAU